GUUAUGUUGUUGCCGUGACCAGUAGAUUAAGAGCUUAUAGAACAAGAAUUUUUGGUCGUUUUCAGACAGAUCACAAACUAGGAAAGCCAAGAGGCAAAUUUCGAUGGAGCUACAUGCGCUGGUGAUUGGUUUACUUGUUCUACAAGGAUCAUUAGAGGGACUCGCCCUACAAUGCCACCAGUGCAAAAAUACGAUUGAUGGCGGAUGCUUCGAGUUCGAAAAAGGCCAUACAAUAUUUCUAAAUGAAUGUGACUCAACUGCAACUGCCUGUGUAACUGAGGUGAAAACAAAAGCCGGUGUUGAAUUUGUUAGACGCGCUUGCAAAACAUCUGCAUGGAAAUGCGAGGGUAAUUGUUAUACAUGCCAUUCCGAUGGUUGCAAUUAUCGCAAUGACGAUUUCCAAGAGGUGACAACGCCCCGCAGACUUAAAGCCACAACUAUGGAACUUAUAACGGGAAAUAUUUAUCCCAUUAUGGGUCUAGGAUUGCUGGUCACUCUCCUGCUUGUCUGGAUCAUUAUAAAGGUAUGUUGCAGUAAUAAGGAUGAUGAAUAUGAAGAUGAAUACUACGAUGAAGACGAUGAGGAUGUCGAAUAUGAUGAGGAGGAAAAGGAGAUGGAGGACUAUGAUGAGGAGAAUGAGGAAGACUAUGAAGAAGACUAUGAUUCUAUUGAAAAGGAGUAUCACGAAUAUGCCCAAGAUGCAGAAGAUUCAUAUAACAAAUUAAAAGGAGAUACUGUUAUACACAUAUAACUGAAGAAUGUCCUUACUUUCGACCCUGUGACUGAACCUUAUAUUCAUGGGCUUAAAAGUCAGGUUUCAUGUGUUAAUAAGAGUGUUUUAUAAUUACCCUGCAUCUCAUCAAAUAUUGGCAUCUCAUUAUUUUCUCCAUUACUUAAAGCUUACCAGUAAUAAGGUGCUGCUUAAGUAAUUGCCUUUAUAUUUAUUCACUACAUUUACAAAAUUGAACCAAAGAAAACCAUCGCCUUUUUUAUAUUUAAGAUAUAUUACGAAUUUAUAUUUAUCAACAAUUUCUUUAAGUUUUUUAUUUAAUUAAAUAAAAAGUAUUUGUGUGGAACCAAAUAUACAAUCAAUAAAUUUUAACAAAA